AUGGCAUCAGGCAGACUCCCCGAAUCUCCUUCUGGACAAGACUCUACCGUGCGAGGAAGCAACAUGGGACAAACGGGAGAUCAUGUCGCCUCCGAAAAGGUCAACCGCGAUGGAUCCCUCCACCUCGAAAACGUCCCGACGCAGCAAUCCGGGGUUGCCAAAGAAACUCGGACGCUGACUGCGGUUGAGGCUCUUGGAAUCCCCGAUUGGGAAGCCCAGCAGAAGAAAAUCGUCCGAACUCUGGACAUGACUUUGCUUCCUCAACUGUGGAUUCUGUACAUGUUCAACUACCUGAACCGCACGAACAUCGCGCAAGCACGUCUCGACGAUGAUUUCGAGGCGACUCUGAAGCUCGGCAAUACUGACUACAGCACCGCAGUCGCUCUUCUCACUGUCGGCUACAUGCUCGCCCAGCUUCCUUCCAACAUGAUCAUCACCCGAGUUCGUCCGGCCGUAUACCUACCCAUCUGCGCCAUUCUAUGGUCCGGGGUUUCGGCUGCUACUGCCGGCGUGUCGAGCCCCGGUGAGCUCUUCGCGGUACAAUUUGUACUAGGAAUCAUCGAAGCGCCCCUGUUUCCUGGGGCCGUCUAUCUCAUGUCUUGUUGGUACACUCGCAGAGAACUGGCCCUCAGAACCGCUCUUCUCUACUCUGGUUUGGUUCUCGCCCAGGCAUUCUCCGGCCUGAUUGCCGCCGGGGUCUUUUCAGGAAUGUCAGGAGCCGCUGGCAUCGCCGGCUGGAAGUGGCUCUUCAUUCUGGAAGCAGCUCUCAGCGCUUUCUUUGCCUUGACUGCCUUCUUCAUCUUGCCCAACUAUCCGAAUUCCAAAACCGGAGGCGCUAUGUGGUCAAUGACCGAAGAGAUGCGGAGAAUCGCGAUAGCUCGUAUCGAAGAUGACCGAGUGGAGCAAGCCACUGAGUCUACCGUGUGGCACGGAUUGCGUCUUGCGUUGACGGAUGUCAAGACUUACAUCUUUAUCUUCAUGAACAUCUUCAUGACGUCUUCUUAUGGCUUCAACAACUUCUUCCCAACCAUGGUCCGCGGUUUCGGCCUAGGGAGCAGCACAAUGGCUUUAGUCUUGACCGCACCGCCUUACAUCGUCGGAACCAUUGUGUCCUUUUGCGUUGCAUGGUCCUCGGAUCGUAAGAAAGAGAGAGGAUACCACAUCAUGACGAACAACUGUCUGUCCAUCACGGGCUUCGUCAUUUCAGUCGCGACUCUGAACACUCCCGCCAGGUAUACUGCAGCCUUCCUCUACACAACAGGAAGUUUCUCGGCGAACGCGCUAGUCUACACGUGGGCCGUCUCGUCGCUGAACCAAACGCCCGAGAAACGUGCAGCUGGCGGUGCUAUCGUGAACAUCAUGGGCCAUCUGGGCAACGUCAUCUCGCCUUACUUCUUUCCCGAUGAUCAUUCGCCGCGUUACACGAUGGCUAUGAUUCUUCAGAUAGUCUUCGCGGGCCUGACUUUCUGCAUGGCGUUCACGUCGAAGACGUACCUCAAGAGGCAGAACAAGAAGUUGAGGAUUGCGGCGGAUGAGACUGGUACUGUGUAUAAUCCCUUCACGACGUAA